AUGGAGGCCCUGAUUUGCAGGAAGCUGGGGGACCCAACAGGGCCGAUGACGGAGACGUCGCCGAUCGCGGUCUCCACGUCUCAUCCGAAGCCGGAGAUCGGCUCCCCCACGGAGGUUAGAGUCCGGGUCUUUUCGACGAGUUUGAACUACGCCAAUUACCUUCAGAUAUUGGGGAAGUACCAGGAGAAGCCGCCUCUCCCCUUCAUUCCGGGCUCGGACUUCUCUGGCGUCGUCGAGUCCGUUGGGAGUGGGGUCGGCAAGUUCAAGGUCGGCGACAGAGUUUGCUCCUAUGCGUCCCUUGGGUCCUACGCUGAGAUGAUAGUUGUGGACGAGAACCAUCUGUAAGUUUAUCAAUUGCGCUGUCCGUGGUAUCCGUAGUCUUUCCGUGGUUAAUUUGCCUCGGCCGGCUGUUAUGAAGAAGCUUGAUAGUAGGUAGGUGGGCUCAGAAGAGCACACCGAUCACAUCAUAAAAUAACAUAAAUCUGCAAUAUUUCGUUCCAUCAUUUAUGAAAAACUCGAUAAACUUGGUGGAUAUUUAAAAGAUAUUCUUUAUUUUCUCCAUCACUCGGACGUGUAUAAGAAAAAUAUUGUGACGUUUCGUUUCCUACAGCAUUUUCCAAUAUAUCAUUUUUUUAUUAAAAGAAAAGUGAUUAGCAGUUCUUAAAAAAAAAUAAAAAAAAAUUCAGCCUGGAGCUGUUCAGAUUAUUUUCUCUUCUUGAGAUCGACUUGAGACUAAGACUAAGAACAUACUUGCAACCAAACAGAAAUAUGCCGAAUAAAAAUUUAUCAAAUGUAUUCAAGUCAAGUUUGUCAUUUCUGUUCUUAGAGAUGGGUGUUGACAUGAUUAGGAACGUACGAGGGUUUUUUCAGCAAUUUCGUUGAUUUAAUCUGUGUUAUUACAGAAUUGUCGUUUAGAUAUUUACUUUCAUUCACAUGGAUUUAUUCAUCUUCAUUGGAAAAGGUUUUUAGUUCCGGAUGGAUGUGAUCUGGUGGAUGCUGGAGCCUUGCCUGUUGCAUUCGGUACUUCACAUGUUGCACUUGUUCACAGAGCUCAGCUGAAACCAGGCCAGGUAAUUUUUUCUCCGCUUACUGAUUUAUCACCUUUAUCCUUUGAAUUUUUGUACUGGCUUACAGCAUCCCAUCCGAUGGGCUAUUUCUUUCAUAGAGUGCAAUGAAUAAAAUGAUCCCUCAUUCGGAUAUUCUGCCAUCAUAAUAAAGCAAGCAGGUGGGCAAAACAAAUGCUGAGAACUAUGAUUAGCUAGCAGUAGUGUGAUCUUUACUUCUAUUCCUCAAUGACUAAGGAUGAAAUAAUGGGAGGUCGCCUUAAUGGCUAAAUGCUUAUUUUAGUUUUUCUUAAAUCUUCCUGACACUAACACGCUAACUCUGUAGUUUUAUUUUUUUAAUCCUCGUUUUUUAUGUAACUAAUAGACCAACCUUGUAUACUUGGGUUGGUCUUUUCUUGAUUUCUUUUUCUUUCUCCUUUCAUCUCUCUUUUCCCAGGGAUGACGUUUUAUUCCUCCCGUUCAAAGGAAAAAGAAAGAAAAGAAAGAGGUUUUUUCCCUGAAAAUCUUAGAUAGGAAGAUUGGGGGAGAUGUUUCAGGUUAUCAUGGAAGGCUUCUGAAUGGUUUUUCAUCCAAGAAUAUGGACUUCUUUUGGAAAAAAAUCAUGAAUAAGUCGGAGGAUUUUGCUAGCAUUAAAGUUCUUUAAAAUGUUGAGAGCUGUUUUUUUUUUUUACUCUUUUAAUGAUGAAAGGAAGUAGAGAUCAACGGAUUGAUGUUUCUGUGGAUGAAAUUUUUAUCCCAUGGUUCAGAAGAACCUCAGACCAGAAGUUUCGUGAAUUCUUUCAGGUGGAUGGGGAUACACGUCCAAAAAGAGGCUUCUGAAUAGUUAUAUUUUAAGAAUCUAGAGAUAUUCAUAGGUUCAUGAUUUAUGGUGCCGUUUGGCAAGACUCAGGCCCAUGAAAAUAGUGAGAACUGUUUUAUUUUUAAACAGUUUAUAGGUUCAUGAUUAAGGUGCAGUUCGGAAAUAGUAAGGCUCAUGAGAUUAGUGAGAACUAUUUUAUUUUUAAAAUCUUAUAAUAUGGAAUGGAACCAAGAUUUUUAUCAUGUUUUGGGUCCAUCAGUUUAUCUUUGUGAAAGCAAUGCAAUUAAUAUGCAUGUCUAAAACAAAUGGAUUAUAGUCAUACUCUAGGUAAGAAACUGGUAUAUAUAUAUAUAUAUAUAUAUAUAUAUAUAUAUAUUUCAUGGAUAUAGCUUCUGUAGAUGCUUAAUGUGGAGAAAUUCAUGUGCUCCCACACGCCAUUGAAUUUCUCUUUUGUUUUUGGCUCCCCAUCCAAGUUAUUUAUUUAUUUAUAUAUAUAUAUAUUUAUUUAUGGUGAUGAACAGAGGCAGAUACAGGGAUUUGAGAUUUCCUAAUAAUUUUUUUGUGGGAAAGAGGCCAACCUUCUGUUGCAGGCUGCCCUCUCAUCAUCAAGAUGAAAAUAUUCCAUUUCCUUUGACUGAACCUUGUCUAUUAGAUGCAUUUUUCUACUCGAAACCUAGGGAAUGCAAAAGUCUACUGUCACACGCUUGAAGCGUUGACUUGAUUCAUGUCAUUUCUUUGUGUGCAUUCUUGCUAAGAUGUUAAAAGUUAUAUUGAUUCAUACAAAGAUUACGUCUGCAUUAAUUAAUUUUAAAAAUGCAGGUAUUACUUGUUCUUGGUGCAGCUGGUGGUGUUGGGCUUUCAGCCGUACAGAUAGGCAAAGUUUGUGGGGCCAUUGUGAUUGCUGCAGCCAGGUACCCGUCGGAUGUCAUAUGAACGUAUUUGAUGCAUUUGGGGUACCUAUGCAUGAUAGCUGAUUGCGCGUUGAAUUCCAGGGGUCCGGCAAAAGUCAAUUUCCUCAAGUCAUUGGGCGUUGACCACGCUGUCAAUCUGAGCCAGGACGGCAUUAUAGAGAGCGUGAAGCAAUUUCUCAAGACUAGAAAACUCAAGGGCGUUGACGUUCUGUAUGACCCAGUUGGAGGCAAACUAACGAAAGAAUCCAUGAAGCUGCUAAAUUGGGGAGCCCAUAUCUUGGUGAUCGGAUUUGCAUCCGGUGAAGUUCCCGUUAUCCCAGCAAAUAUAGCUCUUGUUAAGGUAACCCAGUGGACUUGACUUUUGUUUCAGAAGUCAACUGGUAACCCAGUUGACGUAAUUCUGACAUGUAUAUUUGCUAUUCAAGAAAUUAGUAGAUAUUCUAGAUUCAGUCUUUAUUAUGUGAUUCUAUUUCAUCGAAAAAAAACACUAUAUAUGAAACCCAGUGGAGUUGACUUUGUUUCAGAAGUCAAAUGGUAACCCAGUUGACAUAAUUCUGACAUGUAUAUUUGCUAUUGAAGAAAAUAGGAGAUAAUCCUAGAUUCAGUCUUUCUUAUGCAAUGCUAGGUCAUCGAAAAAAGAAACUAUAUAUAUGAGAAGAUGCAGUUUUGAAGUUGGACCGAGGGAUUGCUAGAAAGAAAUAAUCCAGACUUUGCUUUGAUGAAUAUUGACGCGUUUUUUUAUUGCAGAAUUGGACGAUCCAUGGGCUCUACUGGGGAAGUUAUAGAACGCAUUGCCCUCGUAUGCUCGACGAUUCCUUGAACGAGCUGCUUUCUUGGCUGGCGAAGGGUUUGAUCUUCCUCAAUAUUUCUCACAGAUACACCCUAUCGGAGGUCAGUCAGUCUUUCAUGUCAAUCUCGUGCGUCUCUUCCCUUUUUCAGCAUAUUCUUGUUCUUACCGAUUUCCGUUUUUGGCAUCUAAUCCAAGAAGAUGGGAAGAAAAAUCCCAGCCACAGGAAGAGGGAACUUUAUAGAUUCUAGGGUUCCUGGGAAUGAACGUGAUUCUGGCACAUUAGCCCUUUCAUGCAAUUCAGUUUCCUAGUCCUCUUUUUGUCAACGGCCUUCAACAGGCCGGCAAAGUCAACAAUAAAGACCCUGCAAUCAGUCCAUUCAGAUGCCAAAAAGCUGACCACAUUCGGUUUUCUCACUUCCCGCAGGCCAACCUGGCCUUCUCGGCCAUCAAGGAAAGGGAGGCCAUCGGCAAGGUGAUGCUCGUCCUCGCAAGAGCAGCAACGGCUAAGCUCUGA